AUGAAAGGUAGAUUUGUUCCGAAGCAACAUUUGACACAUUCUACAAAUCCAUAUAUUCACAAGUGCUGUGGCUGUAUACAUUUGAGAAUGGGAAGUGCUCUGACAUGCUUAAUUUGGGCUGGAAUAUCACUGUAUUUUGCUAUCCUUUCAUUUCAAUCUAGAAGUCCAUUUUAUUCGUUUAUGGAUCCUACUGGAUUGUAUAUUUUCGGCGCAAUCAAUCUUAUACUUUUCGGAGUCAGUUUGGGUACAUUGAUUUUGAUUUAUCUUAGAUCACCUAUGGGAAUGAAGGCAGCGUCAUUUAUCAUUAACUGUGUGGUGUUUGUUCUUGUGGUAGACAUGACUGUAAACACAAUAUUAUUCAUUGUUCGACGCGAAGCUUAUGUGAAUUGGUGUAGUCAAGCAAAUGCUAAAUUACUUCACUACGCGCUAUUUUUAAACGACGAUCCCGAUAAGAUUAGUGAAGAAGACCUUUAUAAUUGCGGCCGAACUUGGGAGGAUGAGUUGAAGUUUUCUGUGUUAUCGACCAUUGUUAUGAUUGCCGUUUAUCUUUAUUUGGCUAUCAGUAUAUUUUCAUAUAGCGUCAAACUUCGUUUUAGAAUCAAGCAUGAAAUCAUGGGUAGAAUGCGGGGAGAUAUGAUGGGAGGUAUGAUGUUGCCACCAGGUCCAAUGUCCACGAUUUAA